AUUUUUAGAUUUACUAUUAUAUUUUUAGAUUUUAUAUAAUAUUUGUUUAUAUAUAUAAAAUAUCUUCUACAUAUGAUAUAAAAUUGGUAAAGAACGUAGUAUUUCGCAUACAUAUAAUAUUGACUAACUCUAGAAUUCAAGUUUUAUUUCUGUACUUUUAUUAUAAAAACAUAAAUUUGCAUAAACAUUGCCAAUGCAGUGAAUAAUCGUUCACCGAAAAAAUAGUUACAUGACUCGACAAAUUAUUCUUAAGUAACCACUUAAAGUAAUAAUUUUACGAUAACGCUGAUACAAAUUCGUUUCUUCGUUCUUAAAGUGAAAUAUUUCGUAUCUUAGAAAUUUUUACCUUGAAAAUAUAGAUUCAUGGCUCGAAUUAAUAUUCACGUUACAAAAAGUAAGUCUGAAAUAAUUAGUUAUUGCUGAAUGAUUUUAUGAAGUUCGCUGGAUCAAAGUAAAAGUCUCAAUAAGCAGUUACACGAACCGGUCGCGGUUAUCCUGCAAGCUGUAUUGCGUCUCAACGGUGUUUCACCUAGAAAUGAGUCAUUCCGGCUACUAGUUAGACUCGUUCGAUGUCUUCUUAAAGCGUUGAUUCAUCUGUCAUUUUUUAUAGAAUCAAAACAUAAAAUUAUAAAGAACAAUUGAGACAGUGAUAUUUUUACAAAAAUAUUCCUAAAGAAAAGACAGUUGAAUAUAUUUUUAGCCAUCGAUUAUACGUGCUUGUCUUUUUCAAACAUAAUUAUCGUAGUUCGAGUAUAUUUUUACAUACGUGAGUGUAUGAAUUAUAUAUUGAUCACGUAUCGAUCACGUAUUGACCACGUAUCAAAUGUUUGCAUUGACCAAUCAUUUUUGUAUAAAUAUCCUGCAAAUAUAAUACGCAUGGAGAUAAAUUUCAUUUCCAUAAGGUACUUCAUUUACUUUAAGGGAGUGUCUCUUCAAGUGUUCCAUGGUGCUGAAUGUCUCACGUAUAUAUGCGUUUGCCGAUCUGUGGUAAGGCGAAAGGCGGGUCCGCAAGAUGUCUGAGUAUUGCGAGUACAUGUGGGACACCACAAGAGGUCACAUGAGUCCUGCACUUGCACGGAGUAUUUAUGAGGAGGAGGCCAGAUUCGACAAAUGCGACAAGAAACUGGCCAUUAAAACCGUCCGAGCAAUAUUGCGUGAAAUGCCGGAUGUAGACUUGAAGCACUGCACGGAUGAAUAUAUUACACGUUUCCUGCUAGCCCGGAAAUAUCGCACGGAACAAGCUGCUGCCCUGAUAGCCGCUUAUCAGGCGCAAGUAGCGCAUCGACAGGAUAUCUUCGGCAAUCUAACCGCAAGAGAUCCAGCCUUGCAGCGGGCGCUGCGCGCUGGAAUACCCGGUGUACUUCCUGCACGUGAUAGGAAAGGGAGAUGCGUACUCGUUAUUUUAGCCUCGCAAUGGGACCCUAUUGCAGUACCAGCAUUAUCAGUUCAACGCGCUCUCUUUUUGGUUUUAGAAAUUCUCAUACAAGACCCAAGGAAUCAGCAAUCCGGUUUCGUGGCGGUGGUAGAUUGGAGCGGAUUCUCUUUACGACAGGGCGGUGCCCUGGGCGCAGCGGCACUGCGAAACCUAAUAGCUGCUCUUCGAGGACGAUUUCCGGCUAGAUUCAAAGCUAUACACUUCCUGUCGGCGCCGCUUUACGUUCAGGCCACAUUGGCCCUUGUGAAACCUUUUUUGGACGAGAAAACUCGGAACAAGAUCUACUUACAUGGAAAUAAUUUGAGCACCCUGCAUGAACACCUGCCCACUGACAUUUUGCCAGCGGAAUUAGGUGGCACAGGGCCAGCAUUUAACCCAGGACUAUGGGCCGAACCAGUUAUUCAUUCAGCGAUGAAAGAAGCUGAACUGGCUGCGAUAAAAAAAGAGAAGGAGCAAGCUGAGAACGUAGAUCAGUCUCGCGAUAAGAAAUUCGAGUCUAGAGACAUGGAGAAUCAUAAAAGAAACGAAGCAGACUCUAUAAAAUCGAACAAUGGUGUGAAUAAAGAGAACGGAAGGCGAUUCUUCAAUCCUUUCGGUAAUUCUACGAAGAAUCAGUCGCCGAAGAAACCUGGAGGAACAAAUGUAGAAUUGAAUCUAAUUAAUCGUACUAAUGGAUAUGCAGAAAGAAAAGAAGGUAGGAGAGAUAGUAGAACGAUAAAGGAAAACGAGGAUUCUUGCAGUAGAGGUAGAGAUAGAAUGUUAAGCAAUGGUAGCGCUGAUUACUUUGACGACAAAAGAGAACAAUACAAGGAUGUGCAGGAUAACUUGUUAGGAUCUCGAUCUGAAAGACGCUCGAAUGAAUAUGAGAUCUCAAAUAGACCAGAUAGCGACGACAGUAAGGAUAAUUCGUUAGAUAACAGAUCAGAGAAUGCCCUAAUUGAUACAAGUAAAAUUGAAACUGUCUCCGAAGAAACGAAUCUCAUAACGUAAUGUUAAUUUUCUCGACUUCUUAGGUUAAAACAAAUUAACGCAGUAGUACUUCCAUGAGAAGUGUUGACUUUCAAUUUUAAAUAUAAUGAAAUCAAAUACUGUCGCUAGGUUUAAGAUCGGUAGAAUGUAGUAAGUUCCGUGAAAUUUGUAUUCUCUGUAGGUUUUAAAAGAUAUAUUGUGAUACGAUAUACAUCAUUUUUAAUAAGUAUUUAUACAUUAAUGAGGCUUUUGUUCUUUAUACAUAUAUACGAUUCUGUUUCAACUAGAUCAAUGUUAUUUAAACAUUGAAUUUCUUAUCCUUUUUUAUCUUAUUUUAUUUUUAAUAUCUUUUAUCAUGAAAAGAAUGAAUUCGUUUCCAUACGAAUUUUCAUUAUUUCAUAGACAUAUUUACAUACUGCUACUACUAUUGUUCGUGACAAAAAUAAAAUGAACAUUGCACGAACAUUCUCUAUGUUCCUCUUUCUAUCGUAUGUGAAAAACAUAUUCAACAAUAUAGUGUUAUAACUUUCAAUGAGUACUUACAUUGUGAACUUAAGAUUAUGAUAUUUAUCAAUUUUUAUAGGCUAUUUAUCGCUGUCCACGAAAACACGAGCAUAGUUAACAAAAAUCUUUGCAUGUGUAUGAAAUUCAUACAACUAUCAGUCACAUUUUUUUAAAGAGUUUAUACGACAAGCAAUUCGUAUUAGGAUUGUAAAUAUGUAUUAAAUUAUUUAUUGAUAUCAAAUGUAUCAUGAAAUCGAAGAUCUCUCGUUUCGUAUGACAUUCUCGAGAAAUGCGAAUCCUGUACUUACAUAUUGUUAGGAUUAUGAGUGUGAUAAAAAUUGCGUCGUAGAUAGUUUUUUAGUUCUUCUAACUGUAUUUUUUAAUAAAACAGUAUUUUAAUAUUUGGA